AUGACUGCAGCCACCGCACACAGCGUCCCCAUCCCCCACUCCGAUGAGCAGAUCCCCGUGAUCGGUUUUGGCUCCGGCACAUCGUGGCAAUGGAAGAAGAAGGCCUCGGAAAGCACGGCCGUCUCCGCCGAUAAGCCCAGCAACGUCGACCCGGACCUUGUGCAGUCCAUUGUGGACGCGUUGGAGACAGGCUUUUCCCACGUGGACACGGCAGAGUUCUACACCACGCGUCCGGAUGUCGGACAGGCGGUUAACGACUACCUCAAGAAGCACCCGGAGAAGAAGCGGUCGGACGUGUUUGUGACAGAUAAGUACAACUCGCACCCACCAGACACGCCGAACGUGCUUGCGGACGGGUCCAUCCGCGGGCCGUAUGCUUCGCUCAAGCAGGGGCUACAGCUGAUGAAACUAGACUACAUCGACCUGUUCCUGCUUCACACUGCAGACACGCCGGACGGCCUCUCGCUAGAGGACGCGUGGCGGGAGAUGAUCAGACUCCGUGACGAGGGCCUCGUGAAGAACAUCGGUGUCUCCAACUUCGACGUGCCACAUUUGCAGCAGUUGCAGAAGGCUACCUCGGUCUUGCCGCAGGUGCUCCAGCUGGAGUUCCACCCCUACCUGCAGAACCAGAGCCCAGGCGUGCACGAGUUCUGCCGGAACAACAACAUCCUCAUCGAGGCGUACGGGCCUUUGGUCCCUAUCACGAAGGCGAAGGAGGGACCACUGAUCCCACUCCUCGCCGAGCUUACAGCCAAGUACGGCGUCAGCGAGACUCAGAUCCUACUCAAGUGGGCCCACAGCUUCGGCGUCGUCACGGUCACCACCAGCUCCAAGAUCGAGCGCAUGAAAGACAUCUUAGGCGUCUUCGACCUCGAACUCUCCGCAGAGGACCUCAAGAAAAUCACCGACGUGGGGAACUCCUGGUUCUUCAGAGCCUUUGCCAUCCCUCCCCUGCCAACGUGGGACGAACAGCUCAAGAAGGAGAGAAACGUCCUUAACAUCUAG